CACAAAGUCUCCGCUCAUUUUUACUUCCAGGGACAAAGACGUUGCCAUCCCUUUGAAUGCUCCGCCGCGUUGACUAUUGAGCAGCUAGCCCUACGGUCUAUAAAAAUGCCCGGUGGCGCCCUCAACGCACUUGUCUUGCUGUUAUGUCUUUUGCCAUUCAACGACUUUGAUCCUCAACCUCAUCGUAUUCCGCUGCCCUUCUGCACCCCACGAGCCUCCUAUUAUUUCCCGCGUACACUUUUAUCCAUAAUGGCUGAAGGUCCAGAAGCACCACGUAUCAUUUCCCUGCUGGUGUCAUUGCUGGCCAUUUCGCUGAUGUCAGUCCUCUUUGGACGCAAGACUUCGGGCACGCACAUGGCCAAUAUCAACUACGCACGCGGCCUUGUCAUCUCUCUAUACGUCGUUUCUUGGGCAUUUACCACGAUUGCAGCCAUCCUCACGUCCACCAAUACCGGAAACAUCGUGUCUUGCACUUUCUCCAUUUUUGUCUGCCUAUCGCUGUAUGCUGCCUCAAAGAUCAUUAUCUACCUGUUCCUGAUUGAGAAGGUCUACGUCGUUAGUUCUGUCACUACUACGCGCAAGGACACAAGGCUGUAUCGCCUUAAUAUCCUGCUUCUGACGCCGUACACGGUCAUUCUAGUGCUUAUGAUCCUCAAUCGCGUUGCGGUCCUCAACGAGGAUGGGGAAUGCUUCAUUGGUCUGAAGCCGACGGCGUCCAUUACGCUCAUCUUGUACGAUAUCUUCAUCUCAUGCUGGUUGACAGUUCUCUUUAUUCGCCCACUCAUGAGCACUACCUCGGUCCUUCAGGGGCCAAGCAAGGGCAAGCUCCGUCAUGUUGCUCGUCGCACAUUCAUCGGCUCCCUCGUGGCACUUAUUUUAAGCUCUGGCAAUGUCUUUACACUGGUCUACUACCGUGGCCACGAGUACUCUGUGCUGUGCUUGCUCUCGUGUACGCUCGACGUAACCCUGAAUGCGUGUACGGUCCACUGGGUGACUUCGCGUGCACGUACCCCCCAACCAGCAGAGAAGGCCAGCCGUGGCGUCGCCAACCAGAACACUAACAACAAUGUUACAAGCACAGAGAAGCAGAUUGCGCCUACGGACACUCAUAUCUCUGUCACAGUGGAGUCUUACACAGACAAGUAUUAAUACUGCGCAUGAUGUCCCGCCGAUGGCUACAUAGAUGAUUUAGACAGCCAUUAGUGUCGUUUAGCGUGCAAGCAUAAAGAAUUUCGUCAAGAGGGUCGUGUGCACCGUUUAUCCGUGGCGU